UGUUUUGCUUGCUUGAGCUCAUAAAUACACAGCUCGAAGAAGGAAGUAGCGACAUCAAAACAUCUGUGAUCUAGUUCUCCUCAGCUGUCCGGGUUUUUACCCUAAAACUACCAGUAUCGAGUGCGUGGACACUUUUUUCCCUUGUAUAUAUUUCUGUUUUGCUACAGCUGCUACCUUCAUUUUCAUCCGCUGCCAGUUGGUUGACUUGACGCAGUAUGCCUUCAGAGAAAACCUUCAAACAAAGAAGGACAUUCGAACAGCGGGUAGAAGAUGUCAGACUAAUCCGAGAUCAACACCCUAACAAGAUACCUGUGAUCAUUGAAAGAUAUAAAGGAGAGAAACAGCUUCCUAUCCUGGACAAGACCAAAUUUCUAGUACCAGACCAUGUCAACAUGAGUGAACUCAUCAAGAUUAUCAGGAGGCGUCUCCAACUUAACUCCAACCAGGCCUUCUUCCUGCUAGUUAAUGGCCACAGCAUGGUCUCAGUGUCUGCUGCCAUCUCUGAGGUGUAUGAACGGGAAAGGGACCAAGAUGGCUUCCUGUACAUGGUGUAUGCCUCCCAGGAGACCUUUGGUGCUGCCAGGACCACCUGGUGAAUAACCUCCCAUUGGGCAAUUGUAGUUUUUAUCCUCCCAUGUUUCUUUCCACAUACACAUCUAACUGUUUUAAAUCCAGCAUCAAAUAUUUCCCAGCUCUAAUUAGUUAAGGUUCUGUUUCCUGUAUCAUGACUGCUGUGAGUAAGUAGACUGAGGACCACCACUGUCCUAUAGCAGCAUAGCACCACAACAGUUGAUAAGAGUGGCCAUUUUUUAAAGUAGAGGAAUUCCCAAAUCUGAUUGUAUCUCAGGUGAAUAGUCUUCUAGUGAUUGUCUUUGCUUCUUUAUUCUUUUUGGUGAAUCAUCUCUGUUGUCAUGGCAACUUGCAGACUGUUGAAAGCUGUUACUUCAAGUGUAGUGGCAACAGGUGAGUUAAUGUUAAUGUAUGUAUACAUUUCAGAUAGUUCUAUGACAUGAAGGCUCAAUGCUUCACCAUGUAUCGAUGUAUACAUUAGCCAAUGAACAAGCCAACCAAAAUUAUAAGCUGCUUGGAGACAGGUUGCAAGGGGAAGUAAAAGGUGUUUUGGGAACAAAGUAUUUAAAAAAAAAAAGGCAAAUACCACAGUUUAAUGGCUAAACAGCAAUAUUAGUUUCAGUCAGAAUUCUUUGCAGAAAAUACAGCAUGAAAAAGAGAAGUUUUCUCUUAAUCAUUACAUCUGUUCUGUCAUUCAUUACCUCACUAGUUCCUUUUUUUAAAAUCCCUCCGCCUCAAAGUCUCUAUCAUCUUCACUGUAACAUAGAGAUGUAAAGAAACUGCCCCUGCUUCGGAAAGGGAUUUAGUUUCAAAAGAAAAAAGUAUCAAAGCACGAAUAACAUUGACAUAAUGGCUUUCACUAUAAAAGAGUUCCUAUGAGAAUGUAACCAAGUAGACCCUGGAACGCAACAAGAAGCAUGGUAUGACUGUUUGUGUAGAUGAAGGCUGGUAGUGUUUAUUGAAAGGCUGAUUAGUUGACUGGUUUACCAUUUCCUUCCUUUUCCUAUAAUGUGUAUAUAUAAAGUUCAUCAAGGAGUGAAGUAUAUUAAAGGAGUGAAAUAUAAAAUAUAGCGUGGUUAAUCAGCUUCAUGUCUGACUGUCCCUGUUUUGCCUUUGAACCACAGGGCUGAUCACCCAGAGCUGUUUUUUUCAGUGUUACUGCACUGAAUUUAACAAGUGCUGAUAUCAUGAGAAAUUAGUUGUGGCUUCUUAAGGAAGAAAAUGGUCUUUCUAUUGAUGAACAUUUCUGUUCUCACUUAUUUUUCUGUUGCAAGUCUCCAGCUCCUCCCAUUCUCUUAACAGAUCUUGGAGUAGCUUUUUAUAUUAAAGUAUUUUAUCAUUUUGGGUUUCUUUUAUUUAAUGUGAUUUUAUUUCAAUGUAUUUCAUGUCUUUACUCUUCACUGUCUUUUCUGUGGGGUACAAAGAAGACUUUUUCUGACAAGUGAAAGCCACUGUUUUUUAUGUAACAGAGGGCUGGAGCAUUUGUUACAGUGCGUUUGUUCUGGUCUUCUACUUUGUUUUACAUACACAUCCACACUCAGCAAUAUCACACAGCUUCCUCUGAUGUAUUUAUGUUGAUAUUUUGUAAACAAUAAAAUGAAAAAAUAAAGAAUC